AUGUCUGAAAGGACUUCACGGACUCCGCUGAAGACAAGGCGUCAAGGUUCGACCGAAGAUGCUGAGAGACCUCCGAACCAUGCGUCGAUGAGCAAUUUGUCAUUGCCCUCUCCUCUGUUGAACGCAAGAGGAAAGCUCAAGAGGACUAAGCUGAGACCCCAAUUUAGACGUGGCCAGCUGAUUUCGAGCAAUCAGAAGUUGGUGUUUUCGGUUGAUGACGAUAUCCACGAUGAAAUUGACGCCGAUGCCGAGGACAUCCUGCCUCAGGACAAGAAGUACCUCGAGGGUUACCACGAUGCUAUCAAGAAGUUGUACUCGAGGAAGAAGUCAUUGGUUGAUGAGGACACGGAGAUGGCGGUCACGCUCCCAAAGCACGCUAAUCUGUCUCUGCUGGCGGUGGCUACUCCAGUGACUGCUACGGUGACAUCACAGGAUGAAGGCCUGGACGAGGAGGUUGGCAAUGAAGAUUUAUUGGACGCUGAAGACGGUGCAUCGGUCCACUCGUGCUCUUCUGUUGGAUCCCUCAACUUGAAGGACAGACAAGAUGCCAUCAAUUCCACGCACCCGUUCGGUAUCAAGAUCUGGAAGCCUUCCAUUUAUAAAAAAAACCGUUCCGUUGAGGCCCGUGCUGACGAGGAUAUUCACGACUUCGAUCCCCGCAAACCAACUGGAAAGAUCCACUGGGGCGUCCACGUCUCCAACUUGCUCUGGAGUCUCACUUUUGGCUUAUUCUUGUUCUUGCUUUGUCAAUUUGGUGCAUUGAUGGUCUUUGUGCUUUCCGGUUUUGCAUGGGAUAAGAAGUCCCGUCCCUAUGUGCGGAGUUUUGUCAACUUGGGCUACUACUGGCUCUAUCCCUUUGGCAAGUUUGUGUUGCUCAACAAGGACAAGAACUACUUGGACGAAGAUGAGUUGGACGGACGCUCCAUCUCUGAAUUCCAUAAGUGGAGGCUUCAAGAAGAGGGCCGUUUAUUUUUCGCUCCUCCCAGAAGGAUGACCGGUGCAACCUCUGAGGCGAAGCCUUUGCUCAAGGACCAUAAGGGAAGACCCUGGACUGCUGCAUACUCUUCUUUGGGUGAUGGCGCAACUUCAAGUGAUGCACAGAACGCCCCUGAAACCCAAGACAACGCCGUUGAUGAUGAAGAUUACAACGACGAUAAUGACGACAAUGGGGAGACUGACUCCGGUGACUCCGAACCAACCGACAUCAAGAGACGUCUCUUUGGCCGUGGUGCUUGGUCCUCCGGAAGAUUUGUCUUUUAUGUGUUCUUCUAUUUCAUCAUGCAGCCGAUCUUAUACUUGAUCUCCCUUUUGUCGUGGAUCUUCGUCUUCACCAUCCCAAUCGCCAAUCUUACCCUCAUCAUGUGCGAUCACUUGAGAAGAAGACCAUUGGCCUUGCAUUACGAGAGAGAGAAGCUGUACUACAAGAAAAUCAACGACCCGAACACGAAGAAGUUUUACAAGAAUCAGUCCAUCAUUCUUUGUACCUACAGAUGUUGUGGUUUGCAUUAUUACAAAUACACCAUCGAUGGUACAAAUAUUUUCUUCAUCAAUUUGUUGGCUGUCGUCGUGUUUGUCAUCGUUGACUUUUUCUUACUUAAAGAAAGCUUGGGCUGGCACAAGUGGUACACCAACUCCUCAUUUUUGUUCAGUAUGUGUUUGUUCUCCAUCAUUCCAUUAGCCUACUUCAUCGGACAAGCUGUCGCUUCUAUUUCCGCGCAGUCUUCCAUGGGUGUUGGUGCUGUUAUCAACGCAUUCUUCUCGACAAUUGUUGAGAUUUUCUUAUACUGCGUUGCAUUGAACCAGCUGAAGGGCAAAUUGGUUGAGGGCUCAAUGAUUGGAUCAAUUUUAGCUGGUGUCUUACUUUUGCCCGGCUUAUCUAUGUGUGGAGGUGCCAUCAAGAGAAAGACUCAAAGAUACAAUCCUCGUUCUGCUGGUGUAUCCUCGACCAUGCUUCUUUACGCCAUGCUUACGAUGUUCACGCCAUCCCUCUUCUACCAAUUGUAUGGUUCUUACGAGAUCAAAUGCAAGAAGUGUGACUUUGAGACUACCGCUCCACUUCCUGAUGAUUGCACAAAAUGCCGCUUCAUUCAACCAACAUUUGCUCUCGACAAACUUUACUAUGAGUUGCUUCGUCCAUUCUCCGUGUUGGUGGCCUGCGCUUUGUUCCUUGCUUACAUUUGUGGAUUGUAUUUCACAUUGAAAUCACACGCUUCUCUCAUUUGGGCAACGAACUCCCACGAGCCACACACCGGCAGAAAGGAAGAAGACAAUGUGAGAUCUCCAAGUAUUGUCAGCUUGGAUCAAGCUCAAAACUUGAAUAAAACUCGCUUGGCUGAAGCCUCGAAAGCACCUGGAGGCGGGGCAACCACUCCCGAUUUGAACCAAAAGGUGAAAUUUACGAAGGACGCUCCACCUGCAAGAGAGGAGCACCACGAACAUCAUCACGAAGAAGAGUCUGGUGGCCAUGAUGCGCCUAACUGGUCGAGAAACAAGUCUACCAUAAUUUUGCUUGGAGCCACCUUGCUUUAUGCUAUUAUUGCUGAGAUCUUGGUGGAUAAUGUCGAUGAGGUGCUUGAGAGCUACCCAAUUAACCCUAAAUUCUUGGGCCUCACUGUUUUUGCCUUGGUGCCAAAUACCACUGAAUUCGUGAAUGCUAUUUCGUUUGCUGUCGGUGGUAAUGUUGCUUUAUCCAUGGAGAUUGGUAGUGCUUAUGCAUUGCAAGUUGUGUUGAUUCAAAUCCCAUGUUUGGUAAUUUACUCAAUUAUCAAACAGUUUGCAAAUGUCGAGAGCAUAUUUUCCUUGAUCUUCCCCAGGUGGGACAUCAUGGCAACACUCAUCUCGAUCUAUCUAUUCACUUACGUCUAUGCUGAAGGUAAGUCCAACUACUUCAAGGGCGUUAUUUUGUGUUUGAUUUACGGUGUUGUCCUUGUGGGAUUCUACUUAGAUGACAAGAUCGCAGAGCUUGAUGACGGCUACAAAAGCAGUCCAUCGCCCGGAGCGACUGGAUUUGGUUUUUAA